UUUCUUUGUAUUUGAUCUACGUUGGUCGAUUUAAUGUCGGUUUUAAAUGCUCUUACACACUUGACUACAUUGCUGCUCUAAUCCGGUCACCAAUUUAUACAUUGCACGGUCUUGCUGGGCGUGCAAUACAAUGUAAAGCUUGGUUUUUCGUGCUGGAUUGCUAAAGAGGCUAUGUCGCUAACAAUAAUGACUAGCCUGCCCGCCCCUCGUGGCUCGAGAAAAACAUGACGGCACUUGUUGAAAUUGAAAUAGGCGAAAAUGGCAACAUAUUAUUGACAUGUAAGGCUUACAAUAACGGAGUUUACUUGAAAUGUUAGUGUAUGUUAAAAAACAUAUUUUGUAUUAGGAUUUCGCAUUGACAUGUUCUUUCCGACUCUUCGUGUAGUGAAAACAAACUGGAACGCGUCACGUUCUCGCGUAGAGCAACUCGGGCGGAGGAGUGCAGGAAAAUAGCUGCUGCUACUGGAUAGCGGUAUUGGAGCUGCUCGAACGAAACCCAUAGAUAUCUAUGAUGAAACCACUGGGCGAUGGUUUUCACGUUCCCACCAGAUCCAAGAUCAGAGUCCCUGCAUUAUCUGACCAUAGACAGUAAAGACAGCCCGUGUUCUGGUUCUACGUAUCAACGCGAGACUCCUUUUCUCUGGUUUCACUUUCGACACCUUUCUAGAGGCGUUGGCCAAGCUCCUUUUCCUCAAGUCCAAUAGUACAAUUUAAUGAUCAUCAGAUUCCACCCCAUUUAUGUAAACAGUUCCUAAUUAUGAAGCAGCAGGCGUUGUCCCUUCUCUUUCUUACAGUCCAGAUCUGUUCAUCUGAAGACACUGUUAAUGCGAUACUCAAUGGAGUUGUUACUAUUUCCCCUGUUGGAGGACCUCCUCAAAUCGAAAACGUCGCGUGGAAGUUUGGGAAUGAUAAGGUUGCCGAGUAUGAUCCAACCUUCGACAAAGAAGCACAGUAUUACGGACAGUUCAGGGGACGAACAACGUUGAAUGUGAAAUCUGGCAGCAUUGCAAUAUCUACGUUGACUCACGGAGAUGAGGGAAAGUACUCAGUUGAGGUUAACAAUGUGGUGUUGACAAAAACGUUUUCUCUCAAACUCUUUGAACGAGUGAGGAAUAUUAAGAUAAGUAGGGAAAACCCUGAUGUCCCCUGUAAGCUGUCCUGCAAAGCUGAGCCAGAUCCCUUGAAUUACCAGUGGAUUGGAGGUGGACGGCCGGACGAUGAAAAGAACAUACUGUUUGUCGAUGAGGUCGACUGGUCCAAAUCGUUCACUUGUGUUGCAAGUAACCAAGCGAGUCAGGCUAAUGCUACAGUAAUUGCGGAAGGUCUUUGUAGAGAUGGUUGGAGUAAUUUGAAAAAGACUCUCGUAGGUGUAAUAUUGACUACAGGAGCUGUAGGACUUGCAGUUUUUGCAGUCCUUUUUAUUAAAAAAGGGAACAUCCUGCGUCACAACCCAACAACAACAACAACAACAACAACAACAGCAGCAACAAAUGGUACUGGAUCUAACAAGACAGCAGAGGAGGGAAUGCCCUUGGCGGAUGCAGAGUUGAAUCAGGCAAAUUAAUUGCAAUCAGCUGGUUGGGGAAGUUACAGGCCACCAGAACAGGAGCUCCCUUGUGGGGUACCUCAGCAGCCAAGACUCAAUAUUGUAUGGCCCAAUAUUGCCCAUUCUCCUGACUGUUUUAUCCUUUUUUUUAUUUUAUCUGACCUUUUCUCUGACUGUGUGAUGUCUCCCUUUUCAAUCGCUAUUAAUAUGUUAUCGGCAUGAUGUCCAAAUAGACUGCAUGGUGUACAAAUAGGAUUGCUCCAGAGUUGCCUUAUACAGAUCAGAAUGCCCAUGUUCAAAUUACUGCACCCCUCAUGACAGAUGAUAAGAACUCCGACUGACAGACUCUAAAUGACAAAUGGGGAAAUUCCUUAAUGGAAUUGCUUACAUAUUAGCAUUUCUUCAGAAGAACAUUAUGGACUUACAUUUCAGAAAUUGCUGGUGAAUCUUCUUGGUACAGAAGACAAAAUGUUUCAUUGUGUAUUUCUGUUGUGAAUUAGAAAUAUAGGAAUGUGUGCUGUCAAGUGAAAUCUCUUCAGCUGUUGUGAGGUGUCGACAAGGAGAGGACCACAAGAAUGUAAGAAUGUUAGUCCACAGAACUGAGGAAUCAACCAAGUGGCUUAGUCGAUUUUGAUGUGUUUAGGUUAAAUCAGGUUUUUCUUCCUAUGACUGAGGAGUGCACUUUUACACUUUGCUUAUAUGUCCAGAUUUUGUAUUUGUAUAUAGGUGUGAGUGUGAGAGAGAAAGAUAGAGAAAGCAUGUGAUUUUGAGUUGGAUUUGUCUCACAUUUGUAAAGUAAGCAUUCGUGAUAUUGUGUUGUAGUUGAAUUUUCCACUAACAAAUGUGUGUUGCGUAAAUCUGUUAAAUUCUGAAAAUGUCUAUCUAACAUUCAAGUAAAACCCAAUUCAAGUCAAGUCUUCCUUUCUGGUGUACAAUGUCCAGUAAUCAAAGCUUAUGUUUUUGACAUUUGACGUAAUGAAAAUUGAUCACUGAUUGUGACAUUCAUACACAAGUCUGUCUGCUCCUCAGGUAGGACUCCUUACAGUACAGAAUGGAAGCAUCUCUGCAUACGUUUCUAAACUAAAUAUCCAUAGGCAGGGGACACUGAGAGGACCCAGGGGGCAUGUGUUCUGUGUAGGGUAGGCCUGAGGCUUGCCUGUUAGUCCAUGAAUGUGACCAAAUGUGAGGGUAAAAAGCCUGUGUGACUCCCAACACACAGCUGUAUCAUUACUGACUUUUGCAUAGCAUGAUGAAUUGUGAUCACUAUUUUGCGUGCCUUGCUUCUUUAAAGUUCUUUAAAGUGCCCAUAUUAUGAAAAAAAAAAAACACUUUUUCUGGGAUUUUUUUUCUGAAUGUAUCCUGCCUUCAGCCUCCAGGGUGAGCUGGUCAAAAUCGACAAGGCUUUUGACGUCACAAGCCAAAACAUUUCAAUAUUCCCACCCACCACCUUCUUUUAGGGCAACUAUGUUACGUGAAUAUAAUGGAAACCUAUGGAGCUGCAUUGAAGUGGGCAGGGAAAAGGAUUUAUACUUACUAAAUCGUUGAACAAACAUGAAUAAAAGGCACAAAAUAAGGUUGGUGUAAGAGUUAUCUGUUUGUUCAUGGGAUUCAUUCUAAUUACAUCACUUACAUAUUUCCUGCAACUAGGUGAGAUAGCUAAGCUUAUUUUGUAGGCUCCUGAAGUUCCACUGUUAGAUAGCUAGCUAGCAAGCUAACCGUUUUACAUAGAGAUUAUGGUAGGCUAAGUGUUAGCUACGGGCUAUACUAUGUAAAACGAAGGUGUAGUAGAUGUUAGGGGAUUUUGAAUUGGCGUGUUUCAGACGUUGCAUAAUCAAUGCCCCACCUCUCCACACCAAGCCUACGAGUUCAACUGUUUUUUAAGCCUACAUAUCUCAGAAAAUAAUAUAGAUACAAGCUUAAACCUUUGCACAGUAGUUGUUGGGUACUAUUUAGCAUUAUUGACAUAAAGUAUGAGGCAAAGCCAAGAUGGUCAGGCUUGGCUGGAGGUAUUUGUUGAUUUGGCACGAAUGACCCUGGUAACAGUUAAUGGAGUGGGGCGUGGGUAAGUGAGCAGCAGCUCAUUAAUAUUUAAUGAGCAGCAGAAACCGCACACUUUGACAGGGACUGAAAAAGAGUGUAAUAGAGGUAGGUAAGAAUCUUUUCCUACAAGCUAUUUCCAGCAAACAACUUCAGAAACAUGUUUUCUGGAACUCAUAGACCUAACUUGUUGAAAAAUAGUCAUAAUAUGGGCACUUUAAGUAGGUAUUCAUGAUGUGUCAUUGUGUGAAAAUGUAAUUGUCCAUCAACAAAAGUGGAAACAUUUAAUUAAAAACUGAUUAAGUCUCCCUA